UCCCGCGCUUACUCCAUUACCCUCCGAGCGCCCAUAAACCAGCCUGCGUGCUCUUGCUCGCUGCCCGGGGCCCGAGGAGCGGUGAGUAAACAGCCCCAGGUGGCGAGGCGGCGGGGGAGCCGAGCGCGCACCGAGACUUCGGCUGAAUGCCGUUUGCUGGUCGCAGCCAGGUGUCAAGGAGGAACUCGGGCGGGGGGAACAGGACGCGGAACUGGAUUCUCGCCCGCAGAGGGGAGCGGGCUUGCGCUCCCGGGACUCGGCAAGGAAGGGCGCGGAGACCCGGGGAGGCUCCGGGCCACCCCAAAAGGCGCCUGCCUGCGCACAGAGCUCUUUCUGCGCGCCCCUCUCUCUCUGCUUAUCGUGAUGCCGGAAGGUGACAUGGCAAAGCCACUCCUUGGCCGAGAAAAUGUGGAAAGUAAUGCAAGCCUCGUCCCGGCCGUUGGCAACACGACGGUGGGGAUCCUGGGCAGUGGUGACUUUGCACGCUCCUUGUCUAUGCGCCUGGUGUGCUCAGGUUUCAAAGUGGUGAUUGGAAGCCGGAACCCAAAGCGCAAUGCCACCCUCUUUCCAUCAGCAGCUGAAGUAACUUUCCAGGCAGAUGCUAUAAAGAAGACAGAUAUUAUCUUUGUGGCGGUUUUCAGAGAACAUUACACCACACUCUGCGACCUCAGUGAUGAGCUGUCUGGCAAAAUCCUGGUGGAUGUAAGCAACAACGAUGAAAUCAACCAUCACAAAGAAUCAAAUGCUGAGUAUUUGGCAUCACUUUUCCCAGCAUGCACUGUUGUCAAAGGAUUUAACGUCAUCUCAGCAUGGACGUUACAGUCAGGCCCAAGGGACGGGAAUAAGCAGGUCUUCAUAUGCUCCGACAACCAAGAAGCCAAGCGUGCCAUUGCCGAAAUGGCUCACCUGCUGGGGUUCACCCCCGUGGACAUGGGCUCCUUGUGCUCAGCUCGUGAGAUUGAGAGUAUUCCGCUGCGGCUUCUCCCUGCCUGGAAGAUCCCCAUCUUCCUGGCCCUAGGUCUCUUUCUCUGCUUCUACACAUACAACUUCAUCCGGCAAGUUUUGCACCCUUACAUCCGGGAGCAAAAGAACAAGUUUUACAAGAUCCCUGUGGAGGUCGUCAACACCACGUUGCCUUGCGUCGCCUACGUCAUGCUGUCCCUCGUCUACCUGCCUGGAGUGCUUGCGGCCAUUUUCCAGCUCUACCACUGCACCAAGUACAGGCGCUUCCCUGACUGGCUUGACCAGUGGCUGCAGCACAGGAAGCAGAUAGGCCUGCUGAGCUUUUUCUGUGCAGCUCUGCACGCUGUGUACAGCUUGUGCCUACCCAUGCGGCGAUCCCAUCGUUACUCGCUGCUCAGAGAUGCAGUCAGUCAGGUGGAGAAGAAAACAGAUCCAUGGGUAGAGGAGGAAGUCUGGAGGAUGGAGAUGUACAUCUCUUUUGGCAUCAUGGCCUUGGGCUUGCUGUCCUUGCUUGCCAUAACCUCACUUCCUUCCAUCUCCAACUCUCUCAACUGGAGGGAAUUCAGUUUCAUUCAGUCCUCCCUUGGCUUUGUCGCUCUGGUGAUCAGCACUCUGCACACCCUGACUUACGGUUGGACCAGGGCCUUUGAUGAAAGCCAGUACAAGUUCUACCUGCCUCCCACCUUUACGCUCACGCUGCUGGUACCGUGUGCCGUGAUCCUGGCCAAACUCUUCUUCCAGCUCCCUUGUAUGAACCAAAGACUGCGGCGCAUCAGGAACGGGUGGGAGAGGGGCAGGUAUGUCAAGUUCACCUUGCCCAGAGCAUCGGGGGAAUUUUCGAGUGGAGAAAGCAGCAGCGCUGUGUGAUCCAGCAUCUCUCUCUUUUCCAUCGUGACAAGUUUUCAAAGAGCACUAUGAAGAUUCUGGGGGUUUUUUAAUAUAGUUUUUUGCUUUUUGAAGCUUGUAAGUUUGGUAUUAUUAUUGAAUGGUGGUGAUAAUUAUCAUCUUAUUUCAGGCACUUAAGGAAUAUUACCAAUGUAUCCAGUUUACACUACAGUGUUUUAGAAUAUACUGGUAAUUCCGGGGGUGGGGAGAGUGGUUGCCUUAAAACUUAAAUCUUUUGGUGGGUGUUUGAUGCAGGGGGGUGGGGAGAGUUACCAAUGUAUCUGGAUUACACCACAGUAUUUGGAAUAUAUUGGUAAUUAUGUAAGGCGGGGUGGCCAACAUGAUGCCCCUCCCAGAAGUUUUGGACUACAGCUUCCAUCAAUCCUGACAAUUGCCUAUCCUGGCUGUCAUUGAUAGGAUUUGCAGUCCACAACAUACGUAGGGCACCAUGUUGGCUAACCCUGAUGUAGGGACUGCAUAAUGAUUGCCUUAAAACAUUGGUGCAAAAUUUUAGUUGCACAGUUUAACGAUGCAAAGGAAAAUAGAAUCACUCUGCAGAUGCAUUCAACAAAGGGGUGGGGGACAGCAUUUUCUGUGCACCUGCCAAAUGGUUUCUAUCUUCUUUUUUUAAGCCAGCAUUCCUGCAUGAUCACACAGAGCACAUGAUCAGUCCACCCGUAAACCAAAGUGGCAACUCUGGAAGAGCCUAUUCUCCAAUAACAAACAGUGUAAAAAAUAUAUAUACUCUAGGUCAGAUUGGAAGUACAUGUUACAUUUAUUACACUGCUGCCAUUAAAACAGCAACCACGUGUUUAUAAAUCCCUUCUGUAGACCUCAAUACAAACUACCUGUGCCCCAAUGCCACAGCCUGUCCAUUUGCUCACUCAACAUGAUGGGCUGAAACUGACGCGACAAAACCAAAAAGUGUCAUCGGUUGCUGCAGAGGAAGAACUAAGCAUGAAACUGCCACACAUUUAAAUGCAGUUCCAGCCUCACUUUUCCUUUGCAUGGGCCAAAUUCACACAUUAUUAUUUAUGUAUUUAUUACAUUUAUAUAACACCUUUCUGCCAAGGAGCCCAAGUCAAUUUAUGGUUUUUUAAAAAAUACUGAACAAAUAAAUGAUGCAAAAUGUAAAGUUGACCCUGACUGAGCUGGUGGGGGAGGUGGGAAUAGUCCACCUGGAGCAAACCAAACCAUGAUGUUGUCUUUGCCUGCCUGCCUGCCUCUCUCUCUUCUCCUUCCCACACAACUGGUGUCCAUUGACUGGAGCAGGCCACUGUGUCAUUCAUGCGGCAAUUGCUCAAGUCUCUUUGGCAGCUCUGAAUAAGUGAAACGGCAAAUGUGCCAGUGAUCGUUUCAGCAUGUCAACAAAUUAGGUAAAGUGAGCUUAAGAGGAACCAGGCUGCAAGCGGAGCACAUGCUGGCCCUCCACACGAAUUCCCUCAUGGUGUCUUGCAAACAAAAGGUGCAAAAGCUGGAAAGCAACCUCCAUUCCAAAGAGGGAGUAACAAGAAGCUGGUGGCUCUCUAGAAACAUGGAACAGUUGAUUCUAAGCAGAGCCUGUUUCCCUAUGAAACGUCCUCCUGUGUCCUCAUCUGCAGCAUGUCGGUCUUCCCCAUCCCCCUCACCCUCCAGCCACUUCAGGUGACAUACAAGGAAAGACAUCUCCUGGAAUGGCUCGCAAAGCCUGUAGUGGGUGGUGAGGAAUAUCUCCAGUCCAAGGGUUGCACUCCCUUAUGAGGAAACCUUUGGGGGCUGUGUGCCAGUGGUGGGUGUGGCCAAAGGCAAAAGUGGGCGGAGCAAUGGCUGCAACUCUUUGUCCCUUGGUAUUGUAGUUCCAGCCAGGCAGAAGCCCCUAAGGAGGGCGCUGGGCAGGGGCUGAACAGAGUGGUCCGAAGGCUGCAUUUGGCCCCUGCAAUAGAGGUUCCCCACCCGUUUAAUAUGGAGGAAGGAAUACUUACAACAGUUUAUAGAAAGAGAAGAAAUGAGCCUUCCCACUGCCUCAUCUAGUGUGCCCCUUUUAUAUCAUAGAAUUGCAGAGUUGUUUUAAAACAGCGCAGGGGAAAUUGGGGGUGGUGAGGCAAGGAGGGAGAAAAACGAGGGAGCAGCAGUAAUUUGGUUGGUGGCCAACCGCUUGAGAAAACAAUGAAAACUUGCAAACGAAGCUACUGACCAGGAGCUUCUACAACCAGCUGACAUGGCUGAAGAGCAUCCAUUUUUAUGGCAUCUCGUAGGGAAGAAAGAGGCUCAUUGGCCCACUUAGAGGUGACCAGAGGGCAACCAUUUCGUGUGACAUUUUAAAUUCACAUCCCUCAAGGAUGCGAGUCAAAUGCCCCCAAACACCAGGGCACCUCAACUCCCUGCACCUUAAAUCUUCAUAUAAUGAGCUAAUGAGCUGCUGCAUUCCCACCCAAUCUUUCUCACAGCUUUGAUGCCGAAGCAUUAUCUAAUGAAGCCAUUUCCACAGUUGAUGUACAAUGGAAAGGCAUUUCUGCAUGCCAAAUACAACUCCUGAGGUUCUGGAUGGUAAAAACGCAUACAAAGUUCUAUUGAGGAAUGAAUUCAUCGGCUCAGAACCACUUGUUCCAGGACCUGGAAAAGCCAAUGAAGGAAGCUGGAACACCUGUAAUUAAAAAAAAAGCCAUGGGACAACUUUAACAAAAAGAAACAGCAGAAAUCUGCAGCUUCCUUUUGGGCUACUCUGCCUAUACAAUUUAGAAGGGGCAUAUCAAGGCAAGUAUCAGGCUGUGGCCUAUAACCAGAAGUAGCAUGGGUAUAUUCUCUACAUCAGUGUUUCUCAACCUUUUUUGGGUAAAGGCACACUUGUUCCAUGAAAAAAAUCACGAGGCACACCACCAUUAAAAAAGUUUAAAAAAUUAACUCUGUGCCGCCCUAUAUUGACUAUAUAAUUGACUGUAAGAAACACUUGCCAAUUGCUGUGUUGGUUGCAAUCUCCUGUAAUAAGGCUUCACAAGCCGCUGAUUUCUCUGCCAGCACAAUCCUUUACUCAGCAAGUUUCAGGUUGAGCUCAUCCAGCCAGCUUCUUUAAGUUUAAAACCACCCUCCCAUGGUGGUGGCUGUUGAGAGCUGCGCUCGCCCCGCGUCGUGACCCGGCCGGCUUCCUUUCCGGUGGGUCAGUGUUGCCCAUUGGCGGCCGCCAGGCACGUGACAAUGCAAAUCGCCCUUCUCGUCGCCGCACGUCGCGGCACACUAGCCAGCGUCUCGCGGCACACUAGUGUGCCGCGGAACAGCGGUUGAGAAACGCUGCUCUACAUGUACUCGAAGAUGUUCUUUGGGAUUGUACUAAUAAUUAUUCCCCCCACCCUUUCCUCUUACACUUUGCUUGAGUUCAGAAAGGCAUUUUUGGAAGUUUGGGUAAAAAAAGCAGUUUACAGGGAAAUCCGGGGAGUAAUGACCGCCAUGCACUAUUUACAAUUUCCCAUAAUUUAACUGCUGUCAUACAAAAUCUUGGGAGGAGUUUAGAAAGCAGUUUGGGAGUUCUGCAAGGGCAAUCUUUGAAAAGGUAACUAAGGAACAUUCAGGUGCAUGCAAAGAGCACUCCUUUGGGUCACAAUGUUGUUGUGUAACACUAGUCGUCUGAAAGGCUUUCAAAGCGCUGCAGAGGGAGGAAGAAUCAGGCAGAAGGCAAACGAGGAUUCUGUCAAAGGUAACAAACUCAGGCAGCAAAGUUUUUUCAGUAAUAGGCUGGCCUUAAGCCAUUUUACCAUGGAGGAUGGAAAGAUAGAAACGCAAUUGUUCCUUUCAGGCGUUUCACAUGGAUCUGAGCUGUCUUCAGCUGGUACAGAAAAGUGAACAUUGGCACCAGAUGUAACGCAAUCGCAUAGGACAUCCAUGUUUCUUUGUUGUAAGCCAUUGUGAGCAUGAUUUUUUUGUGUGUGGGAAAGCGGCAUACAAAGAAAAUUGAAUGAAUCAAUGGCAUUCCAGUCAGGGCGCUAUGAAAGCAAAUGUAUCUGAAUGUCUCUUCCAGAGAGUUGUGCUUGCUUCAGUGGUGGCUGGUUUAUGGGGGCAAAUUGAACACUGGACAACCAAGCUCAGGCUGCCAGCUCCCAGCUCUCUGCCUUCUGACUUACAUCCAGUCCAGGGAGUGGCCCUGCCUGUCGGCUUCCUCCUCUUCAGUCUCAAGUCCCCUUGCAGAACUCAGCAGUGAGGAGGAUGGGGACAAAGCUAGAAUUAGUUGGCUCACCUAGUCAUUGCCUCUGGUUCUGCCUUCUCUCCCCCAACCUCACCAGUCCCAAUGGGACACCACUGGUUCCAUUCACACGCUAUCCUUUCAAAAUCAAGCCUGCAGCUGCACAAUCAAGAAACAUCUCUCCUUGAAAAGUAGGCAGCUGACCCUACUUAUCAAGAGAUCCAAUGUGACCAAAGAGCUGGGGCAGAGAGAGAGAGGUGGAGUAUUACUCCUCACAAUUAUAUGCAGGUCUAGAGGAGAAACUUCCCAGUGAUCAGACACGUAAGCGCUACCUGCUUUUCUUUAGCAAGCAACGGGGUAGCUACCGCACUACCACGGGAGAAGCAAAAGGGCUGGGAGAGAAAAGCACCACCAACCUUAGGCAAGUGACCCCUUAUGUUCUCUAGCACGCCCCUCCCUUGCUAAACUGUGCCAAGGCUGCUACUCGGGAGUAGCAAAGCGUAGUUCCUCCCCAGAUGUUCUGAAAAAUGUCAACGUAUUUCCGCAGGGUUGCUUUCCACAUUUUUGCCUGCUUUCAAGACGCGAAAUUCAGCAGGGAGGGCUAAGCUUGUUGUUUUUUUUGAAUGAUAUUUAUUCAUUUUUUCCCAUCACCAAACCUGAACAUUGUUCUUCAUGCUUGUAUACAUAUACAUAUACAUACAUAUACAUAUACAUUUAUGUUUGUUGUUACAAUUUUUCGUAUCGUAUUUCUAAUACUCCUUUCCCAGAGAAAAAAAGGGAAAGGAGGGGAAAAAAAGAAAAGAAAGUAAA